AUGACUGGAGGUGAAAAACUCUCAGCCUAUGGCAGUGAUCCUUUCCAAGAUCCACAUCAAUAUCGAAGUAUUGUAGGGGCAUUACAAUAUGUUGUGGUCACCAAACCAGAAAUUACCUAUUCAGUUAACAAGGUAUCUCAAUUUAUGCACAAGCCUUUGGAAGCUCACUGGAAAGUGGUCAAGAAAAUUUUGAGAUACCUCAAAGACACCCUCGAUUAUGGUCUUCACCUGACAAAGUGCUCUACUCUGUCUUUAACAGGCUUUUGUGAUGCCGAUUGGGCAUGUGACUCUGAUGAUCGGAGAUCAACUUUUUCUGCAUAUUCCUUGACAACAAUCUCAUUUCCUAGAGCUCUAAAAAUCAGAAGACUAUCUCUCGAUCUAGUACCGAGGUUGAGUAUCGUAGCCUUGCGAAUGCCACUGCUGAAGUGGUUUGGCUUCAAUCUUUGUUAG